AAAGCUUUAUAAAAGCAAAUAAAACUAAGAAUCUUAAAACUUCAAAAAUAGUAAAUUUUUUAAAUAAUUGAGAGUUAAAAAUAUUCCCACCAAAUUGUAGUAUAUAAACUUAACAUAAUUUGAGUUUAAACAUCAGUUAAUUUUAAAACACUAAACAAAUCAAAACUUUAACAAAAAUGUUCAAAUUUGUUGUUAUCUGCGCCUUGUUGGCCACCGCUGCCACCGCUCAACGUCAUGGCCAUGGUCAUGGUAACGGUUUCGGCAACUCCAACCGUGGUGUUAGCAAAUCCAGCGAUGAUGUUCAUGCUGAAAUCGUCUCUGCCGAUUCUGAUGUACGUCCCGAUGGUUUCGAUUACCACUUGGAAACCACCAAUGCCAUCAGUGCCAAGGCCAGCGGUGAUGCUUACGGUAAUGUCCACGGUGACUUCCAAUGGAUCUCUCCUGAAGGCGAACACAUUGCUCUUAGCUAUGUUGCCGAUGAAAACGGUUACCAACCCAACAGUGAUGUUUUGCCCACACCCCACCCCAUCCCAGAAGCUAUCUUGAAAUCUUUGGAAUAUAUCCGCACUCACCCACCCAAGGAAGAAGCCCACCACGGUUUCGGUCGUAGAUUCUAAGAACAUUUUAGUUUAAUAACUUCAUGAAUCCCUUGUUUUGUUUGAAAUUUUUGUUAAAGGAUUUGUUUGAAGUUAAAAAAUAAAUGAUUUGUUUUUUAAAUCGAAUUUAGAA